AGCGGAGCUAAAACCCUGAGUGUGCUUCACUUUCUCCUGGAUGCUUCUCUUCCCGUUUCUGGUCAGAUCCAGCAUCGUUCGUGCUGCCUCGAACUCCAGCUGCGGUUUAUGAAAACGCCUGAGCGAGCGGGGCAGACCGGUGUGGACUCGAUGUUCUCUUCAGAUUGACUGAUGCGUCCUCACCAUCCGCUCGGAAUCGAUGUUGCCAGGGCUGCACUGGAGGAGGAGGAGGCCGUGAGGACGUUGGCUCUAGGAGCUGCCGGGAUUGUGCUGGUGGUUAGCAGCGUGCAAGCCGGUCAUGCCCGGGGGCCGCAGGGGUCCGAGUAGACAGCAGCUGAGCCGCUCGGCAUUGCCCUCCCUGCAGACUCUUGUGGGGGGCGGCCUUAGCAACGGCACGGGCCCCAGAAGCAGAAGCAGUAAUUCAUCUGGUCUGUCGGCUCCUCCCCUGACGACUCUGAUCACGCCGGAACCUGUGCGUCACUGCCGCAUCCCAGAGCUUCCCCUGGACAGCGGCCUGCUCUUUGAGUUCUUGCUCUUCCUCUACCUGUUGGUGGCGCUCUUUGUGCAGUACAUUAACAUCUACAGGACGGUAUGGUGGUAUCCGCAUAGCCACCCUGCUGCCUCCACCUCGCUGAACUUUUAUUUGAUGGACUACCACCUGGCCAUCUUUAUCACCGUGAUGCUGGCCAGAAGACUAGUGUGGACCAUCGUCUCAGAGGCCUCUCAAGCGAGCCCGUCGUCGUUUGUGCGCUACCUGCUCCUGAUCGUGGCCCGGCUCAGCCUGCUCACCCUGUGCGGCUGGGUUCUUUGCUGGACCCUGGUCAAUCUCUUCAAGACCCAUUCGGUGCUUAACCUUCUCUUCCUGGGUUACCCAUUCGGUGUGUACGUGCCUCUCUGCUGCUUCCACCAAGAGGGCCGAUCCCAGCACACGCAACCGGACUGCGGUUUUACAGACCCGGACGGGACGGAGAGCACUCUGCAGCGACCCAAGGACUUCCUAGCGCUGGUGCGCGAGAACCUGCGGGAGCAGUUCUCCAGUCCCAGCCACGUGCCUGCACACACGUGCCCGCCUUCACCCGAGCUCAUCCGCAGCGAGGUGGAGGAGCUCAAAAGUGACUUUAACCGCCGUAUCAAGGAGGUGCUCUUCAAUUCGCUGUUCAGCGCCUAUUACGUGGCCUUUCUACCACUUUGUUUUGUCCAGAACACACAGUACUACGACAUGCGAUGGUCGUGUGAGCACCUGAUCAUGGUGUGGAUCAACGCGUUCGUGAUGCUGAUGAGCCAGCUACUUCCACCCAGCUACUGCGACCUGCUGCACAGAUCCGCUGCGCACUUGGGCCGGUGGCAGAGGCUCGAGCACGGUUCUUACAGCAACGCACCACAGCACGUGUGGUCUGAGAGCACAAUCUGGCCACAAGGUGUGCUGGUGCGACACAGUCGAUGUCUCUACAAGGCUGUGGGUCCGUAUAACGUGGCCUUGCCCUCCGACGUCUCUCACGCCAGGUUCUAUAUCCUGUUCCAUAAGCCAUUGCGGAUCCUGAACCUGCUGAUCGGGAUCGAGUCGAGCGUGGUGCUCUACCAGCUGUACUCGCUGCUGCGCUCCGAGCGUUGGAACCACACGCUUUCGCUGGGCCUGAUUCUCUUCUGCAACUACUACGUGCUGUUCAAGCUGCUGCGGGACCGCAUAGUGCUGGGCAAAGCCUACUCGUACCCCCUGAACGGCAGCGGCCUGGGCCUCAAAUCCCAGUGAUGCACGCCGGAGGGGGUUGUUUUAACGAAAGACUUGUGAACUUCCAGCUGGUGUUAAUUUUGAUACGGUUCUAUUUUUCAUGCGACGUUUCUAUCUAUUUAAGAAAAAUAUUUUAUUUUGUAUACUGUUACAUAAAUGAACGCAGGGCAUUACGUUUGUGCGGCGCGAUGUCGUUUUCUUCCCCUACAUGAAACGUAAAUAUUGAUUUAAAAAAGGAAAAGGAAAAAAAAGAAGAGGACACAGACGGGAAGAAGCGUCGAGGACUUUUAGCACGAGUCUUACUUGAGGUUUCAAUUCUGCCAAAGAUGCUCUUAAAAACCUCCAGCCAGUUCAAAGAGAAAAAUCAGCGAGAAGCAGAGAGAUGUCUGAAUAAAAAAUGCUGUAUUAUUUUUCAUCGCAUUGCUGCGUUUUAUGUUUAUUACCUGUCCGUAGCGCCAUAAUGGUGCCGUUUCUCAGACUUUUCUAGACGUUUUCUAGAAGUGUCAGAACCGAGCUUCUUCAGGUCUGUCGCCGCAGCAUUUCACACUCGAGCAGACGCGACUUGGUUUCCUUUUUAUUUAUGUUUAUUUCUGUGCCAAAUCCCAGAAUGCAGGGGCAGCAUUGUGUGCUACAUCGAUGCUGGGGGGAUGGCCAUAGUCUUGUCAAAUUUUGCAGUAUUUGGCACGAUGCAGCAUUAUUUCAAAAUGCCAUGGCGUUCGAAAUAAAAAGCAAAUGUUU